AUGUUGCGUCAAUGUAUGGCUUCGUUCUUGGGCCUGCUUGCAGUUGUCACAGGAACCAUAUUACAAAAUGGUCAAGUCCGCAUCACCAAUUUCCCGGACACCAAGAUAGAUCUGUCGUCGUAUACGUUGGAGACAUAUGAUGCAAAUGCUACUGAAGUGUCGUACAAAGGAAGAUGGGAUUCCAAGAAAAUUUCAUGGUGGUCGGCGCCUGGACUCGUGUUUGGUUUUACGGGAGAUACUGUUGCUAUCACUUUUGGUAGGGAGACGAUCGAUACCACGCUUGUUGGCUAUCGACUCGGCGGCAUGGACUGGCAGUUCACCAACGUUACCACUGGCGGCACUCACCUCUUGAUCGAUUCGGAGACGAUGGGGGUAAACCUGACAUACCCAGUGAACCCGAAAACCCUCGAGUUACGGGUGACGAACUGGGGUUACGGCGUUCAAAUCGACAAGAUCCAUGUUGCUGCCGGGGAGAAGUUGAUUGGCAUCCCCAACUAUAGACGCUCAAUAGAGUUCAUUGGCGACUCGCUGUCAGCUGGCAUGUACACGUCUUACGAGGGCCUCUCGAGCUUCGCAUAUGGUGUGGGAGCUGGGCUGGGAGAAACAGAAUACUCAGUCACAGCAAUUCCCGGCAUCUGCGUUGCCGACCAGAACUGCUGGGGCAACCCUCGUGGACAAGUUCACCAGUGGUUCUAUGCAUCAGAUACAAGCGGGAGAGCCACGAAGAUUUGGGGAGACAACCCAGAGCCCUGGGACUUUAGCAAGCAGCAGAGUCCCGAUAUUGUGGUCAUUAACCUGGGCACAAACGACAAUAAUGAGGCGAACAACGUCACGUCAGAGGCCUAUGCUGAUUCAUAUAAGAAGCUUAUCCAAGGCGUUCACGGGAAGUUCCCAAACGCGCAGGUCGUAGUGAUGCAAUUGUGGCUUGGUUUCUUCCAGUAUGGUAAUUCCUAUGCCCAGAAUCAUGGGUUUGAUACCGAGCUUCUCGGUGUAGUUGAUUACUUCAACUCUGAUGAAUACCUCUUGUCCCCUAUAAUCUGGGACGGAACAACGAACACUACCACUACCCUAAACAGCACGAGUCAACCGUUCGUCCAUUUCUUCAACACCACUGGUAUCAUGCAACAUAACGAUAUUGGACCUCAAUGGCAUCCCACAGAUACAGGGGCGAUCAAAGUAGCGAGCCACUUGACACAGUAUAUUCGACUAAAAUUUGGCUGGGAUCUCCAGGCCACGGGACCCGAGUAUACCACCCCUUCCCCAGAUGAUGAGAUCCGCGUGGGCUUUUGGGAUCUGCUCCAUGGUUAUCUUGUGCUAACUGCCGGUACACUUAGGAUUUUCCAUGAAACACUAUACUGGAACGACGAACCCAACUACUAG